GAGAAAGAGUUCAGUGGAGGAGUGAGUUUUAGCGAGCGGGACCUGCUCCUCGGAGAGCGUGGCCGACCGGGCUCCUCGCCUCUUCCGCGCGCUCUCCCGCGUCCGCUUUCAGCACCCCGCGCGGAGAACAGUUCCCGGCCGUCCGCAGCGCUGCCCGGGGCCGCCGGCCGCGGGGUUCCUGGAGCUUGGGGGAGCUCGGGAGCACCCUCUGAGAACCCCGUGUGCACGCUGCCUCCUCCUGUCUUUGGGUGUGCAAGUAAACACUGGGGAAAAGCAUCCGGCGGCCUCAGGGAGCCCUGAAGAAGCCGAAGCAGAAUGUACCAGGGACACAUGCAGAAAAGUAAAGAACAAGGAUAUGGAAAACUAAGCAGUGAUGAAGACCUCGAAAUAAUUGUUGAUCAAAAGCAGGGAAAAGGCUCUAGGGCGGCAGAUAAGGCUGUUGCCAUGGUGAUGAAGGAGAUACCGAGGGAGGAGUCUGCUGAAGAAAAGCCCCUCCUUACUAUGACAUCACAGCUGGUGAAUGAGCAGCAAGAAAGCAGACCCCUCCUGAGUCCCUCCAUCGACGACUUUCUGUGUGAAACCAAAUCGGAGGCAAUAGCAAGGCCUGUAACCUCCAAUACAGCCGUGUUGACCACUGGCUUGGAUCUCCUCGACCUGAGUGAGCCAGUCUCUCAAACCCAAACCAAAGGCAAGAAGUCAGAGCCCUCAUCAAAAACUUCAUCCCUCAAGAAAAAGGCCAAUGGAUCUGACCUCAUCAGUGCGGAUGCUGAGCAGAGAGGCCAGCCUCUCAGGGGCCCGGAGACUUCAUCCUUAGAUUUAGACAUCCAGACACAACUGGAAAAAUGGGAUGAUGUUAAGUUUCAUGGAGAUCGAAAUAGCAAGGGGCACCCAAUGGCAGACAGGAAAUCAUGCUCAUCUAGAACUGGAUCAAAAGAGCUCUUAUGGUCCUCAGAGCACAGAUCUCAACCAGAACUGAGUGGUGGCAAAAGUGCCCUCAACUCUGAGUCGGCUUCAGAGCUAGAACUGGUGGCUCCAACACAGGCUCGACUGACCAAAGAACAUCGCUGGGGAAGUGCAUUACUUUCUAGAAACCACUCCUUAGAAGAAGAAUUUGAAAGAGCAAAAGCAGCAGUGGAGUCAGACACAGAGUUUUGGGAUAAGAUGCAAGCAGAAUGGGAAGAAAUGGCCCGGAGGAACUGGAUAUCUGAGAACCAAGAAGCCCAGAACCAAGUUACAGUCUCAGCUAGUGAGAAGGGAUAUUACUUUCACACUGAAAACCCCUUCAAGGACUGGCCGGGAGCAUUUGAAGAAGGCUUGAAAAGGCUGAAGGAAGGGGACCUGCCAGUCACCAUCCUGUUCAUGGAGGCAGCAAUUCUUCAGGACCCUGGAGAUGCAGAGGCAUGGCAGUUCCUCGGGAUAACCCAGGCAGAGAAUGAAAAUGAACAAGCAGCUAUUGUCGCCCUCCAGAGGUGCUUAGAAUUACAGCCCAACAACUUGAAAGCUUUGAUGGCUUUGGCUGUGAGUUACACGAACACUGGCCAUCAGCAGGAUGCCUGUGAAGCUCUGAAGAAUUGGAUUAAGCAAAAUCCAAAGUACAAAUACCUUGUGAAGAGCAAGAAGGGAUCUCCAGGCCUCACCCGGCGGAUGUCUAAGUCCCCAGUUGACAGCUCUGUUCUGGAAGGAGUGAAGGAAUUAUAUCUGGAAGCUGCCCACCAAAAUGGAGAUGUGAUUGACCCGGACCUACAGACAGGUCUGGGGGUACUGUUCCACCUGAGUGGAGAAUUUAACAGAGCAAUAGAUGCAUUUAACGCCGCCUUAACUGUUCGGCCAGAGGACUAUUCAUUAUGGAACCGUCUCGGGGCGACCCUGGCGAACGGGGACCGCAGCGAGGAGGCCGUGGAGGCCUACACGCGGGCGCUGGAGAUCCAGCCGGGCUUCAUCCGCUCCAGGUACAAUCUGGGGAUCAGCUGCAUCAACCUGGGCGCCUACAGAGAAGCGGUCAGCAAUUUUCUCACUGCCCUCAGUUUGCAAAGAAAGAGCAGGAAUCAACAGCAAGUUCCUCAUCCGGCCAUCUCUGGGAAUAUCUGGGCUGCCCUCAGAAUUGCACUGUCUCUGAUGGACCAACCGGAACUCUUCCAGGCGGCUAAUCUUGGUGACCUGGAUGUCCUCCUAAGAGCUUUCAAUUUGGAUCCUUAAAGGAAAAGGAAAAAAAUAAAUAACCCCUCAUCUGUUUAAUUGUACUGAGAAAUGAAAAACUAUUUUAUUAUGAAUUUCAAAAAGGAUAAAUCAGAUAUUCAAAAAGACAUGGUCAUGUAACCCAAGGAAAUUAAUUUCUACAGACAAUGCCCAGUCUCUGUUCAGAUCCAAAAGCACAAAAUGUUGUAGACAGAGUGAAGGUCGGGCUCAAAAGAAGAAUUGAGAGACUCAAACUAAAAUAAAGUAACUGUGUGCGAAUACUCUUUUCACAAGUUGCAAGCAUAUUGCAAAAUAUGUUCUUUGGGUUUUUUGUCCCUACUUGCAGCAGAUGAUACAUCUGAGGAACUUGCUCAUGGGACACUUGCUCAUGGGAGAAAGCACUGCCUCAGAUCAGGAAAUUCUGACUGUUUCUGAAAUGUCCCCUUUUGCAAGACUGAACAUAGUUUGGGCCAUUGGUGCAUGCACAUAUAUUAACUCUUGACUAAAGACAGGCAUUGCUUAAACCUGUUCCAAUUUUAACUUUUACGGUAGCCCUUUGAUUCCAGAGAGGGAGCUUUGCUGGCAAAAGCAGUUUUUGCACUAGAAAUUUUUGCUGUUCCCAAUCAAAACUUUUCUGGGAUUGUAUAUAUGCACUUUAAUAUCUUAUUUAUGCCUUGCUGGAGUUUUGUUUUGUUGCUCCAAUUUUUAACUUGGGGGUGAAAGAUUUGGGAACUCAGCCUUGUUAGAUCAAUGGACCAAAUAAGAAAUUCCUGAAAAUAGUU